CUCCGUCGCUAGCAGGUGCCCGGCCGGUGUCCUACUUCUCCGAUCGAGCUAGAGUGAGGGGCUGAGGACCGAGUGGAUAGCAAGGUCGAUGGCGGGGCCGGCGGCGGCGGCGCUGUGCGGGAAGGAGGAGAAGGUGCUGGGCGCGCAGAAGGCGCCAGGGAGCUGCCCGUACUGCGGCGGCGGGGUGGCGGCGACGGACGUGGAGGCCAAGUGGGUGCUCUGCUGCCUCCCGCUCUGCCGCAGGACCAAGCGGAGGUUCACCUGCACGGCCUGCGCCAGGCGCCUCGUCACCUACCCGGCCAUCCUGCACGACUAGCCAUGCCAGCAGCCGCCAGGAGGAGGAGAUAUGAUCCGCCGGGAUGAUCCUUCUCUUCGAUCGUUUCCUCUUCCCCCCGCGCCGUCGUCGUCUCUUCGUCCCCGGUCUCCAGAUGAAGCGAGGAGGAUGGUGGUGACCUGGUGAUGUGGUUUGGUCGGUCGACCGUUUUGGUAAGAACUCGGACUCUUUAUUUGGCAAGAUCACCGUUAGCGGCUCGAUUUCCAGUGUGGAUCGGACAUGCAUGUUCUUGCCCGUGGCUCAGUUUUUGCAAAGGUCUUGCAUCGAGCUCUUCGCUCUGCCUUUGCACAUUCCUUGCCGAUGGAUUGUUUGUUUGUUCA